UUCACCUCGCUUCUGGGGCGUCUUUGAGAGCGUUGGGGCUGGAGAAGACGAGGAAGGAGCCAAUGAGCGUGCGAGUUACAUUCCUCUCUGUGCGCUUUAAGAACCCCUACCCCGGAGCCUACAGGCAGUUCUCCGCCUCCUCCUCCACCUUCUCUCGGGUCCCGCGCUCGCCUCUGGGUCUCCUAGAGCAUCGGGCAGCCCGCUGUGAUCCCGUCGGCGCAAGAGAUGACUUCCACUCAAGAUGGCAGUGUUGUGAUUUUUGGCAGUGGACUCAUUGGCCGAAGUUGGGCUAUGUUAUUUGCUAGUGGAGGUUUCAAGGUGAAACUUUAUGAUAUUGAGAAGCAGCAGAUAACCAAUGCUUUGGAAAACAUCAGAAAAGAGAUAAAGACCCUGGAGCAGUCUGGUUUGCUAAAAGGCUCUCUGAGCUCCGAUCAGCAGUUGGCGCUCAUCAGUGGCUGCACUGACCUCAAAAUGGCAGUAGAGGGCGCCAUGCACAUUCAGGAAUGCACUCCAGAAAAUCUUGAAUUGAAGAAGAAGGUUUUUUCUCAGUUAGACCUUAUUGUUGAUGAUAAAGUUGUCUUAAGCAGCUCCACCUCAUGCCUUUUGCCUUCAAAGAUAUUUUCGGGUUUGAAGCAUGUGAAACAAUGCAUUGUGGCGCAUCCUGUAAAUCCACCAUAUUAUGUUCCAUUGGUUGAACUGGUCCCACAUCCAGAGACAGAUCCUUCUACGAUGGAGAAAACAUAUGCUCUAAUGAAGAAAAUUGGGCAGUCACCUGUCCGAAUAAUGAAGGAGAUUGAUGGGUUUAUUCUGAACCGUAUCCAGUAUGCCAUCAUCAGUGAAGCCUGGAGGCUUGUUGAUGAAGGACUAGUGUCUCCCUCAGAUCUUGAUACUGUGAUGUCAGAUGGUCUUGGAAUGCGAUAUGCCUUUAUUGGACCCUUGGAAACAAUGCAUCUCAAUGCAGAAGGCAUGUCGAACUAUUGUGAACGAUAUAGUGAAGGCAUGAAGCAUGUCCUAAAAACUUUUGGGCCAAUUCCAGACUUCUCUGGAGCAACUUUAGAGAAUGUUCAUCAGGUAUGUAUUCUGGUGUGGAAAGCCACUCCACCAAUUCAGAUCAGCCUCUUGUCUGCAAUUAAGAACUUUAGACAUUUGAAACCCAGCCCCUUCUUAACCUCUUGCUUUCUCUCUCCCACUCCAGCUUUAUACAGAAUUCUGGGGGUAAUCUUUGCCUUGCUUACUAGCCCUAGAAGGUCCUUAUGGCUCCUGAUCAGGUCUUAUCUGAGCCACCAGGACUUGAAAGAUCAUUCAAGAGCUUAAAAGCAAUUCAUUUGGUAAUUCCAGGGCUGACUGGUCUCAGGAUAAAAUUGUAGAGGCAACAACAUCCUCUCAGUAACUGGGAAGUACCAUGAUAAAAUUGACUUUUCCUUCUCUUGUGCUGCCUGGAAAAUGAAAAAAUCAUGGUUGAUGAGGUGAGCCAACAGAGUGGACCCAACAUCUCCUUCUGAGCUCUGCUUUACCAGAUCUUCUCUUUCCUUUACUACAGGCUAUGUGUGCCCACAUUCCUGCUGACCCAGCACACCUGGCUGCCAGGAGGCAGUGGCGGGAUGAAUGCCUCAUGAAGCUUGCCAAGUUGAAAAGCCAAAUGCAGGCUGAGUGAAGUUCCCCAUAACAACACUGUUGUCACACUUCAUGUGGCAAGCACUUUCUGGAAUAUAAUCAUAGAAAUGUCCAAUCUGAUUGCUUUAAACCAAUGAAAACCCUUGUCCCCUUUUGCACCAGAGAAGACUCCUCCCCAUUUAGUAUAGGAACUCCCUACUUGAUUUGAUAAGCUUUGGCAAAUGCCCCAGAGUUAUAGCAGAGAAUGCACAUUUGGUGUUCUCAGAAACAUGGACCAGGAGAGGUGUGUGUUUCCAGGAGCACUGAACAAGCUGAGGAAACCCAGGCUGUUUGUCCUGGCACCAGAGACAACCAAGAGUCUGAUGAAGAGAUCACUUGGUGACUGCCUAAAACAAAAACAAUCAUUGAUGAGAUUCAUAAUCCUUUUUGUUUUUUUACUGAGAUUGUGUACAUUAGCAUUACUCAAUGAUAUUAUUGUUAGCUUCCUGAUGCUUUGAUUUGUAGUGAAAUGUCUGUCAAAUCAUUUCUUCUUAAAUGUGCCACAUCAUAUCAAAGCACUGCGAAUGACUAUCUAUGCAUUUAUUUGUAAAAGUUUUUCUUAAUAAAUAUUUCUGAUUCCCA